AAACGGAAGUACAAUGGGCGGGACUUCCGUCGCGCAAGGCGGAGGAAUUUAAACGGGACACAGGAAGAGAAAAUAUUGUUUCUCUUUUUUUUAGCUUAGCAUCUCGUGCAAACUAAUCCUAAUUUGUUCAGAAAUAUCACUUCCAAGGACAAAAUUGGGUUAAUGUGAGAAGACCUUUUCGGCGUCCAUUGCUAGCGCCAGCGUCUUGUUACUGAAGCUCAACAGAACCUACAGAAUCUACCUGUGAAUCCAGUCUAAAUUCCUGUCAAUCAUGAGGUCCUUGGCUGUCGCUGUAAUCCUGUGUGCACUGCUACCACUGUUCCAUGCUGGCUGCUGGUUUGAACAAGCUAAACCAGGCAUGAGGCAGUGUCUUUACGACAAGGAUGGGACGUGGCAUGAUACCGGGUCCCGCUGGAGGACCAGUGAUUGCAUGAACUGCUAUUGUCAAGCCAACGGGGACAUGCAAUGCUGUCAGGCGUAUUCUGAGCCCACAAGAUUUCCUGAUGAUUGUAUGAUGGAGCUUGACCAAAAGGCAUGUAAAUACAAUGUGUUCAAGAAGACUGACCGCUCCACUCCAUGCCCCAUCUACGGCGGUAAGGGGAAGUGAUGGCUCUUCUUCCCCCGUGCUCUCAGGGAAUGAAGACCGACCGCUCCACUCCAUGCCCCAUCUACGGCGGUAAGGGGAAGUGAUUGCUCUUCUUCCCCCGUGCUCUCAGGGAAUGAAGACCGACCGCUCCACUCCAUGCCCCAUCUACGGCGGUAAGGGGAAGUGAUGGCUCUUCUUCCCCCGUGCUCUCAGGGAAUGAAGACCGACCGCUCCACUCCAUGCCCUAUCUACGGCGGUAAGGGGAAGUGAUGGCUCUUCUUCCCCCGUGCUCUCAGGGA